AUGUCUCCUCAUGGCUCAAGUGCCUCUCUCCAGAGGUGCAUCCUAGAGGCACAAAGCCACAUGCAUACCAAGUACCACCCAUACAGAAAGCAAGCAGCCCCACCCCCCCUGGAGCUUCGCUUUGCUGCAAGAACCACUGAUUUGUCACUGGAAGAUGUACACAAGCAGGUCUCUCAGACCUUGGCAGAGAUAGAGUUUAUUGAGCAGCAGAGGGAUUUAUUGACUGAAGUUCACACAGCAGCUUUGGAAACUUGGGCAACUGCUGAAAUGCAGUUGGCAAUGUUGAUGGAUAUUUUCAACCAACAUGACCUGCAGGAUGCCAAAGAUGACAUGGCAUUUUACCAUGCUGUAUAUGCUGAUGAACUUGUCACAUUCACAAUCGCAGCAACUCAGACAGAACAGUUGGAAUCUUUCAUGGAUGAGAGGUUGCCAUCCCCUGACAAGCAUGUCAAGGACAACCCUGACCAUGAUGAUGAUACUUGUUGCAUAGUUACAUCUUGUGAAGAAUUUGUACCAAGUAUUGUAGAUAAGUUUACACUUCUUUUUUGUUUUGUUACCACACUCUCUGUAUUCAUUGGUGCUUUACUCGCUGAAAUCCAUCACCUUAUUCCUGUUUGGUCAUGCCUGAUUAAGAUGGAUUGCAAUGGAUAA